AAAACCUAGGUUUAUAAGAUGCCCACAAAAACAUUAAUUUUCUAAUUGUCUGGUAAUUAAUUGUAAAAGCGAAUAAUAAAAUUCCAAUUUUACAUAAAAUAUCCUCGUUCAUUUAUAAAUUUAUGUCUGUUCUCGUCUCUCAAAGAUCGAGUACUGAUUCAAACGAAACGCCCCUCUUUGCUAUUAUCCAUGGCUGGAGUCAAUAAUCUUUCAAAGAUGAAAAAAAAAAGAAAAAACAAAUCCAAUAUUAGAAAACCGACCUGAUGGUGGUGGCGAUUUUCGUGCGAUUCGGGUGUGGGAGCAGUGUUACAGAUUGCCUGUCUGACUGUUGCUGGUGUUGAAGCAUACUGGAACCUUGCUGAAGGGAGUUAAGAUUUGACUGGAUUACAUUAACCCCGGAUUGUGAGGAUAAGGAGUUAACAUAAGUUUGUUGAGGAGCACUAACAGGGUUUUGUUGGAGUGAGCUAACAGGAACCUGUUGUAGGGAGUUUACAGCAUUUCCUGGUCCUGAAUCUAAAUUGGAAUUUGGUUGCAUUGAAUUCAUCAUACUCUGCUGUGUUGUAGAUACACCAGACAGAGAAUUAUGCUGCAUGUUUGGUAUAUUAUUCUGCUGCAUUGUUGCUAUAGAGCCUUGCAUAUUUGAUGAACUGAGAAUUAAUUUGAUUUUCAUGAGACUGCACUUGUGUAACUUGGGAUUGUGACUGUGACAUGGAAUGCAUAUGUGGUGGGGGAAGCUGUCCAGGUAUGUUUUUCUUAGGCCUAUUUGUAUUUAUAAAAUUAAUAAUCUGCUUCCCAUAUGAACCCAGUUUCUCCUUGAAACUAGGUGAGAGUGAGAUAUUACUCUUGGAAACCUGAAGGAAUGUUAUAAUUCGCUCCAGCAUCAUUUUANACACCUUCAGCUUAUCAAGCUGCUCUGACUUUGGUUGUUGUGGAAGAGAAUCCUGCUGAUAAACAAAGAAAAGAUACAAGCAAAUAAAGUUCCAGACCAUACACCAAUUUUCCAGGACUGGCACGAACAGAUAAUCUGAAUCUUUCAUUUUAUAACCCAUAAACUAUGGACAUGAAAAAACCGAAAAAAGGAAGACCCCAGGACAUGCAACGUAAAACGAUAAGUGGAAGAGAUAGAAAGGUUAAAAAAAAACAGGCAAUGGGUUAUGAGCAAGCGAAAGUUGUAGAUGGGUGUUCCUCGUAUGUUGCUAUCAUCAAAAGACAUAACUCAUUCUCUGUAGAAGUAGAUGGAGCUUGUGUGGUCAGGGCCACAUCCAUCGUCUGAAAGUGAUCUGAAAAUUCCAUUUUCAGAGAAUCCUCCACCUUGCUCAAAGCCAGUGCUAGCUUCCAUGGAUAUCCCAAAGGAGAAGAAGGAGGACCAAGAACAUCCCUAUGAGUCAAAGCCAGAACUCAACCUCAUAAACUGUAUCGAUACAAAUUUGUCCAUGAACUCCUCAGAAUCAUGUCAUGGAGGAGGACACGGUGAUGAAUUGGAGCCAAGGAUAUUCUCAUGCAACUACUGCCAAAGGAAGUUUUAUAGUUCGCAGGCCCUUGGGGGACACCAGAAUGCGCAUAAGCGUGAAAGAACUUUGGCAAAAAGAGGACACAGAGCUGCUGCUGCUGCUGCAGUUCCAACAGAUUUUGCACACAGGUAUUCCAGCAUGGCUUCUCUGCCUCUGCAUGGCUCCUAUAACAGGUCACUGGGAAUUCAGGCACAUUCCACGAUCAACAAACGCUCUUUUCAAACACAAACACCUUGUUUUGGUUUGUCCCAUAGUCAUGCUCAAAACUGGUGGCAGAAGCAGCCUUUGUACUCACAACAACAGGCAACUGGGGCAGAAUCUGAAUCACCCUUGGCUGGUGGCAUCCAACGGCUAGGGAAGUUUUCUCCAAGGCUGGUGCCUGAGGGAUUUGGAGGCUACUGGUUGGACAGUGUUCACCAUUUGAAGACUAAACAAGAGGAGUUGCACAAGCUUGACUUGUCCCUCAAACUCUAAGUGCAAUGCAGCCCUUCAUGGCAUUUCAUAUAUAGCACAUAUUAAUUGCGUCUUUUCUCUUUUUCAACAAGAUCUUUCUAUCUUUUCUUUUUCUAUUUGUGCUCAUGUAUCAAUCACUAGUUGCAGCAGCUGUAAAUGCAUUUUAGCCGCAUAAAAACUAAAGUCCGUGUCUUGAUAUUAUUUGCUUUGGUUUGAAUUAAUGGAUUCUUCUGGGUUCAUUUGGAAGUUAACAAACCUUCCUGG